AUGGAUGAAAAACCAUAUAUACCAGUUAUUGAAAAAUUAAAUAGUGAAAAGAACCCUAAUUUUUAUAUUUGUGGAAAUGGAUUUAUAGCCCCAUUAGACAUCAAAAAUUUUAAAAAAAUUUCGAAUACUGAAAAAAAAAAUUUGCAGAGAGUUUUUAAGAUGAUGGACAAAGAUAAUACAGGGAAAAUUUCAGUUUGCAAUCUCCAUGAUAUUUUGAACAAAUAUAAUUACAAGAUUUCUAAGGGUGAAGUCGAAAGAAUGAUAUGGGAAUUCGAUGACAACAUGGACAACUGUCUAGAUUAUGAUGAAAUUUAUUUCUUAUAUUUGCGAUGCGUAAAUGAUAAAAAGAAGCAAAUACCAAGUGACCUAUACAACAUUAUUCAAUUUUUCAUGUUUGAUUACGAAAUGAAUGGUUAUAUAACUGUGGAAAAAACUUUGCAAAUUUUGUAUGUGCGUUUCGGUAGAGAAAAGAUGGAUUUGGAAGUUCAAGAAAUUUUUGGAGACAAAUACGAAGAUGAGUUUGGGGUGGAAAAGCAGAUUUACUUAAAAGAGUACUUGGACAAUGAAAAGAAGAGAAUUCGCAAAUUCAGGACUGAAAACAUCAAAAAGGUGGGAAAAGCUUAA